UCAACCACUCCCCUUAUAACCAGGCCUCACAGGAAAGAGAAAACCCCUUUACCCACGAGGAAACAUGGGAGGCGGCUCGUACGGCUUUGAAUCCAGCACCAGCAAAUCGAUCCCGACGUCGCCGGAGAUCGAUGGCCUCCUAGCCGGCGUCGGCUACGCUAUCCGGCCCUCUGAUCUAAGCCACGUUGCGGAGCGCCUCGAGAAGUUCGAUUCUGCUAUGAUCGCCGCCGCCGCCGCCGGAUUACCGCCGGAAUUUCUAUGCUCCGACGCUGUACACUACAACCCCUCCGAUCUCGCUUCCUGGGUUGAUUCCAUGUCCAUGCUUACCUCUCUCUUUCCUUCCCCUACCCAUCCCGCUCCCGCCCCUUGGCCGAUCCAGAUCUGCUCUCCUGCUGCUUUUCCUACCAUCACUGUUGAUUCUUUCGCUCCAGAGGACGCCAGAAUCAACCUCGUUCACCUCCUAAUGUCCUGCGCCGACUCGAUCAAUCGAGGCGAUCAUCCAUCCGCUUCAACCCUAAUCCGCGAGAUGCAGAUCCUGCUUCCACAUGUCGGCACAGCAUUCGGGAUCGGAAAGGUAGCUGGCUAUUUCAUCGACGCCCUCGAUCGCCGCCUCUUAUAUCGGCCUCCUCCGCCGGCGGAAGACGAAAUACUCUACCGCCAUUUCUACGAGUCAAGCCCCUAUCUCACCUUCGCUCACUUCACUGCCAACCAAGCUAUUCUCGAAUCUUUCAACGGCCGUGAUUGCGUCCACGUCAUCGAUCUAAGCCUGAUGCAUGGCCUCCAAUGGCCCGCGCUGAUCCAAGCCCUCGCUCUCAGGCCUGGAGGUCCACCGUACCUCCGGCUCACUGGUUUCGGGCCGCCGGCGGUCCGAGAGGUCGGCUGUCGGCUUGCAGACCUCGCCAGAUCCGUUCAUGUUCCCUUUUCUUUCACGCUGCUGGAUGAAAUCCAGCCGAACUUUUUUCGGUGUGAACCAGGUGAAACCGUCGCAGUUAACUCUGUUUUACAGCUCCACCGGUUCCUCUCAGACCCUGGUUCUCCCGCCCCGAUCGAUUCCGUGCUAGGUUGGCUCACAGCGCUCCGCCCCAGGAUCAUCACCGUUGUCGAACAGGAAGCAGACCACAACCGCCCCGCCUUCCUCGAUCGAUUCACUGAAGCGCUGUUCUACUACUCAGCAAUGUUUGAUUCGCUAGAAUCUGCAGCUGCCGGCGCUGGAGCGGAGCUUUAUCUGCAGAAAGAGAUCUGCAACAUCGUGUGCUGCGAUGGGGAAGAAAGGGUGGAGCGGCACGAACCACUGGCAAGUUGGAGAACUCGUUUUGGCGAAGCCGGGCUUUUGCCGGUUCACUUCGGUUCGAAUGCAUACCGGCAGGCUAGUAUGCUGCUCACGCUUUUUUCAGGUGAUGGGUACGGGGUGGAGGAGAUGGAAGGGUGCUUGACGUUGAGCUGGCACGGACGGUCGAUCAUGUCGUCGUCGGCGUGGCGCUGCGGUGGAGACGUGGUUGCGCCGCCGCCGGCGGACGAUGUUUGUGUUAAUAGAUGGAGUGGAGGUAUGAGUGGGGAGAGUAGUGGGACUGAUGGUCGCGUUGGUGGGAUUGGUUCGGAAAGGGGAGCUAAUUUGUAAAGUAUUUUUCUAAAUUGUAAUUCUGUUUUGUUGAUUAAGCAUGGUUUUUGUUUUUUUAGUGUA